UUCAUCUCGGUAACAUGGACGCAAUCUAUGGAAAUACCGAUUUCUUAGAUUCAUCAAUCAAUGAAGCCUCUUACUGUAAGGGUGAUCCCACAGGAGUCCAUCAGAAGAGAGAUGUGACUCAAUCUAAGUGUACUAAAGUUCUUCUGUGGGUUCUCUGCGUCUCUGUUGUUCUUGCUGUUGGUGGUCUUUGUGUUUUCGGGGUCCUGUAUAAUAAUCAGCUUGGAGAUUUUGAAUCACUGCACAUACAGCACCAAAGGGCUUUAAUGACACUGUCAGCUCAAGGGAUUAAUGCCACAAUCACGGAGAGAAAUCUUAAAGGGUUAACAGGCAACCUUACCACAGUUAGAGAUCAACUCUCCUUCUAUAAAGCCAUGGAGAGUGAACUUCAUGAUUUAAAAGCCAAGUACAACAGACUAAGAGCUUCCCUUCAUGAUGCUCAGUUUUGGAUUUACUUCAGCACUGAUAAACGAGACUGGUCAAGCAGUCGUGCUGUGUGUGUUUCAAUGGGAGCUGACCUGGUUACCAUAACCAACCAAAAAGAACAGGAUUUCCUGCUGUCUAAAAUUGAAGAGACUCACUGGAUCGGUCUUAAUGAUCUGGAGACUGAGGGCCGAUGGGUUUGGGUGAAUAACAAAACUCUUGAGGAGACGAGAGUAGAGUUCUGGUACAAAAGGGAAUCUGGGAAAAAUGAACCUGAUAACUGGAAGGUGAAGGAUCCAUCCGGAGAAAACUGUGCCAGUCUGGGAGACAGCAACAACAAAGUACACACUAUGUGGUUUGAUAGUUCUUGUAAAGAGCCAAAGAAGUUUAUCUGUGAAAAGAAAUAAUUUACCUCCACGUACAUAUGUCUGCUUUCUAAAUAUGCAAACAAUACACAAAUGAUAAAAGACUGCACUGUUUUUACCUUGACGUAAAGAAUAAAGGGGGUGGUUAGAUAAUGUAUGUUCCCUUUCAGUCAGUCACUACGACAUCACGUCAUCACAGACGAAUUGGAAACAGCUU